AUGUCCACCAACAGCACCAUGGAGUCCUUACCAGACCUCAUGAGCCCUAAACUCGGAUCUCUAGCAGGCUUCAACUUGCUCAGUAAGGAGUCUGCUAUUGUUGCAAUUGGCCUUUGGGUUACAUAUCUUGUUUGUGGUAUCAUUUAUCGAUUAUACUUUUCACCACUGGCAUCAAUUCCUGGCCCAAAGCUAGCAGCUAUGACCACAUGGUAUGAAGCAUAUUACGAUAUCUGGCUUGGAGGUCAGUACGUGUGGAAGAUUGAAAAACUGCACAAGAAAUAUGGACCUGUAAUCAGAAUUAAUCCCCAUGAGAUUCAUGUCAGCGACCCAGAUUUCAUCGAUGAUAUCUACACAGGCACAUCCCGAAAAACAGAUAAAUAUAGGUUUACGGGAAGAAGAACACAAACUGCAAUGUCAAUGGUAGCGACAAUUCCGCACGAUAUUCAUAAGCGAAGACGCGGGGCAAUGAGCUCUUACUUCUCAAAAUCAGGCGUCCGAUUGCUCGAGCCGAUCAUCCAGCGUAGUUUGGAGAAAUUGUUGGCCCGGAUGGAAAAUGCUUCAAAAACCGGGGAGAUUAUGGAAAUGAUAUAUGUAUUCAAAGCUGCCACUAACGAUAUCAUUACCGACUACGCCUUUGGCAAACCCUCAGGCUUCAUGGACCGGGACGAUUAUAACGCUGGAUUCUUUAAAGAUAUUGAGAAGAUUUUUUUGAUAUCACACACACUUAUGCAUGUGGGAUGGUUGGGUCCUUUGCUUGAAAGCUUACCGAGGUGGAUUACAACCAUCCUCGCUCCUGGAAUGGCUGGUUUAUAUGUGAUGCAAGAUGGAUGGUCAAAGCAGAUCGAAGAUAUCAAAAGCUCAUCUGAUAAAGACGCAGGCAAGAAUACAAUCUUCCAUGGGUUGCUCAAUUCAAAACUGCCCGAUUCAGAAAAGGAGACUCCAAGGUUGGUACAUGAAGCUCAGUUGACGGUAUUUGCUGGUCAAGACACUACAGCAUCAACAAUGGCUGCUACGGUCUUCGAGCUCCUGGCCAAUCCAGACAAGCUCAUAAAGCUCAAGAAAGAACUCGCGAUUGCUAUCCCGGACCCCAACAUCUUGCCAAGUUAUGCGCAAGUCGAGCAUCUACCUUAUCUAUCUGCUGUAAUUCAAGAAUGUCUCCGCUGCCACCCAGGAGUUAUUACUCGAAUGGCUCGUGUAUCGCCAGAAGUUCCUGUCAUAUAUAAUCGAAACGGACUCAAGUAUACAAUGCCACCAGGAACACCAAUGAGCAUGACUUCAACCAUUAUUCAUUACGACCCCAAGUACUUUCCCAAUCCCAGGAAGUUUGAGCCCGAAAGAUGGUUAGAGAAUCCUCGAUUGGAUAAAUAUCUACUUGCCUUUUCUAGAGGCACAAGGAACUGCCUAGGAAUUAAUCUUGCUUACCAAGAAAUGCAUACUUUCAUUGCCGGUGUGUUCAGAAAAUAUGAUCUAUAUGAUGGAACUGGAACCCAGAAAGGGCCUACCUUUGAAUUGUUUGAUACAAUUCGUGAAAGAGAUGUCGACAUGUACGCCGACAUGAUCGUCCCGUUUCCGGUACCAGGAAGCAGGGGUGUUAGAAUUGCUGUUCGUACCGUACACAGUUAG